AUGCCUUUCCCCUACAAGCACAUCCUGCUCGUCGGAGCCACCGCAGGUAUCGGCCGAGCCAUGGCCGACCGGUUCGUCGAAACCGGCGUCAAAGUGACCGCGGUUGGUCGACGUCAGGAGCGUCUGGAUGACUUUGUUCGCCAGCAUGGCGAAGACAAAGCCAGCGGCAUUGCAUUUGACAUUACGGACAGCAAGAAAAUCCCUGAGUUUGUUGAAAGUGUCAUCAAGUCUUUUCCCGAGAUCGACUGCAUUUUCUUCAAUGCCGGCAUUCAGAACACAUACGACUGGAGUGAUCCGGCCAAGCUUGAUCUUGACAAAUUCAACAACGAAAUCAACGUCAACUUCACUAGCUUUGUGACUCUCACGCAUGCUUUUCUCCCGUUCUUGAUCAACAAGCCGGACCCGACGAGCAUUAUAUUCACCGGUUCCAACAUCGCCAUCGUCCCCGGUGCGCCUUUGCCGGCAUACAGUGCCUCCAAGGCCGCGCUCAACGUCUUUGUGCUUUGCCUGCGUGAACACCUGCAAAAGACUAACGUGAAAAUCAUCGAAGUUUCUCCUCCGCCUGUACAAACUGAGCUUCACGACUACAUGGGCGAGGAGAGGGGCCGAGCUCUCGGCAUGCCCCUGGAUGCAUUUACCAACGAGGCACACCAGGGCCUGCUGGCUGGGAAAGAUCAGAUCAUCGUUGGAUCUAUUGGCCCUGCGGACAUUUUCAACGAAAUAAUUGACAAGAGGCGGACCGCAUUCGACAAUCUGGCUAAGAUGUUCCGCUCUCACUAG